AUACGCCAAAGUGAACGGAGGAGGCCAAAACAAAAGGCCACGGAGGCAAAAGGCCGUACACAACAUGGCUGCAACGACGCGUUGAAAGUUGCGACGUAAGUGACAUGGCUUCAGCGUGCCACAAACCACGCUAAUCCUGCGGCAGUUGAAGCCGUGAGGCGGUGUUCGCCGCUCGUGCUUGGCUGCAAGGCGCACGCGAUGGAACUCGUCGGGUUGGAGUUCCGCGCGCGCUGCCGUAGGUGAAGCGUGCGGAGUGAUGCGCUGCGAUAAGUGGCAAUCGACAAGAUAGAUCGUCGCAAUCAUAUCGCAGUGAUUCAUUUGCGCUGCACGUGAACGAGCCGAGAAUCGGAAGCAGUCGAGCGCAGCCGCCAUGGACAAACUUUCGGGGCAACAGCGGCAGAUAGAGACCUUGGUGUUUCUCGACUUGGAGUCCACUGGCCUACCAGAUUUGAUGCCACGGCGCAAGGUGAAUGUGACUGAAGUGGCGCUGGUCGCUGUGCCACGGAAGCUUCUGUGCACUCCACUACGCUGCCUGCACAGGCUCAGCUUUUGUGUGCAGCCACGAAAUGCAGUUACACUGGACGCUGCCAAUAUCACUGGUUUGGACAAUUGGGACUUGCAGUGGUGCCCAUCCUUUGGUGAAAUGGCGCAUGUCGUGGAGAAGUUCUUGUACACACUGCAGCCGCCCAUCUGCCUAGUGGCGCACAAUGGUGACAAGUUUGACUUUCCACUCCUGCGAGCCGAGCUGAAGCACGCUGCUCCCGGCAUUGACCUGACAGCUUUCUUCUGCUGCGACUCACUGCCAGCCUUCCGCAAGAUCUUGGGUGAUGCUGCUGACCCUCAGGAAGUGGCUGAAGUGUUAGAACUGGGUAAGAUUGGUAAUGAGUUUUGGGAGGCCUUUGAAGCUGCAGACAUUACGUCUUCAAGUGACAGUGAUGAGCAGCUGCUGUCUCAGCCCGUGGAAAGGCCAAUGCAUCAGACACCUCGGAAUAAAGCUUUCGCAUGUGAUGGCAAUCCACCUCCACCAAAAAAGAGGCGUGAAGAGAGUGGACAGCGUCCACAGCAGCGCCAAUCAGUGGCGAGACGUCUUUUCCUGGACGCUGCACCUGCAAAUGGCAGUAAUAUUUCGUCAAAAUUGUCAAUAAACAAGCCACUUGUGAAUGGUAAGAAAGUGCAGUUCAAGCUUGACAAGGUCUACGAGCGUGUAGUGGGAAUGGAGAUGCCCUUGGCGCAUGAAGCGGAAGCUGACUGCCGAGCACUCGCUGAAAUAUGUGCUCGAUUGGGCAGCCGAUUUCUAGAGUAUGUGGAUGCAGAGCACCACAUGCUCCAGAAUGUGACGCCCAUGUGGGAGUAAAAUGGGGGUUUCUAUAUUCUUGGCUGGGCUGUCCCACCUUUGUUUUCCUGCGAAUGAGUGCUCUGUUCCAUGAUGUAUGGUGUUGAAGCAGUCAAUGUUUGGGCAUUUGUUAAAUGCACAAAGAUGUAGGGCAUACUUAGGGUUCUGUUAUUUCUCAAAACUUGGAAUAAGGCAAUUUCGAAAAUAGGAUAUUGAGUGAAAACUAUGCUUUAGCAUUUUUUCACUAAAACUUGCUGUCAUAUUUUUGUCACAUCUGGCACACAAUACCUGAAACAACUGUCACUGAAAAAGAUAUGCGAGCCCAAUAAGCAGUUACAGCAGCCUGUAGCAUUUCCAUUGAGCCGUUCCUUUUGUUGUGUGUCAGUCGCACCCAACUUUUCAUGGCAUGGUAGGUUAUCCCAAGAAAAGCGACACCUUUGCACCUCUCAUUAACUAGCCCUUGUGCUUGAAGGCAGGGUUGCCACUGGUGGCUACUUUUCGUCAAAUUGGCGAAUUCGAGAGGCCCGUGGCGACCUGAACUUAUGAAUGGCGAUAUGGCAAAUUUUAGGCAAUUUUCAGCUUAGGUGUCAACUGAGUUAUGCAUUCGAUACUCAGUGUCUUCAGACCAAAUGGGCGACAAAACUGUUUCUAUUUUUCAUAGUCUGAGACCAACCGGUACAAGGCACACUUAACGCAUAGUUUGUUUCUUGUUUCUCGAGUGUAUCUCCUAAUUCACCUAGGUAGGUACUGGCACACUGGUGCGUCUGCCAGCAAUUUGCGAGCAAAAUUUAUGGCAGUGCACUGCUUCGCGUGCUGCGAGACGGUGGUGUUAUACUACAUUUUUAGGUGCUUUUAGAGCUUUAAGCUUCUUCAAAGUGGCUAGGGGACGGUAAGACUGCGUGGUCUGACCACAGCUUCCUCUAUCGUGAAUACCUUGUCGACUUCUUCUGUGCUGUAGUACCACCUAAUUUCGUAUAUUGAGCUUAAACUUGUUUUUAAGAUACUUUUUUGUUGGCAACAAGUCGGGCUUCUUUAGGCAGCCUUCAGAAAUCCCAGUGAGGUGAAUGUAUAUCGUAAGCAUGACCACCCAUAAAGCGUUGUGCGGGCAUUGCGACAGUUACGCAAUACUUCCGAAUUCAUUGCCGUUGUUUUGUAAUUAGGUUUUUCGAUUAUUGAAUACAUGAUUUCACGGCAAUGAAAUUCUCUAAAUCUUCAGGAAGGCUACGCACGUCAAUAUCUUAUUGUAGCGAUUGUUUCAUCUCGGAUUCGCUACAAUGGAAGCCAUCACAAGCUUUUGUUAUGAGGCGCUAGCAUUCAAAGACGCUGCUAGUGCAUGCAUGCCCUUUUUCAGGGCUACAAUAGUGAAGCAGGCGAUACGACUGGCUUUGAAAAAUAUCAAUAUAAUUAAGGUUUUAUGGUUUGUACCGUACUCCCCGAGUAUGCUAUACAUAUUUAAGAAUUCUUAUUACUAGUCAUGCCACACAUAUGAUGUAGAGUGGCAACUUUUUUGGCAAAAUUUGAAAAAAAAAAAAAACAAGACUUUUGGCGACAUUUGCUCGUCGUUUGGCGAAUUUCACUCGAAAGUCAGUUGCAACCCUGCUUAAAGGGCUACAGAGAAGGUGCAAAUGCAUUGACACAACAUGUAGAAUUUUUUUUUUCAUGAAGAGCAAAAAGUAUGUGGGUGGCUGUUCAUAUUACUUCCUAUGCACAGUAGGUCAUACAAGGAGGCCCUGUAAAACUUGCCCUGCAUACAAUGAGGACAGUAAAACUUGUAUACACGUUGAGAAACCUACAGCUCUUUUUUGGGUUUAUUUUUCUGUGAUUGUUUAUGCCUGCUAUUACACUUAGAGAAAUGUGUAUGUCAUAUUGAGAUUCAUUACACCGCUGUAAGUUCAGUAAUCUAGUGUACAGAGCACGGAAUAACGGGAUGUCACACACGUAUCUGACAUCACCACAAGUGAGCAUCACAUUACAAGGGAAACAGUGGCGGUGAAAGUGUACACCAUUAUUGUGUGGCACACAUUAUUACAAAUAAGUUUUGCAGGCCGGGUGCCUGUACACUAAAAAUCUCAAAAGCUGCCUUGGGCCCCUUCAAAGCACCAUAAGUGCAUCAAGUUAACAGGCAUUAAAAUCUUUUAUUGGUUGUUACUUGACGUUAUUAUAAAAUACCUCCAAUUACACAGAACCCUAGGCAUCCCUCAGUCUACACAGUAAUGAUUCACAUACAGAUGAACAGAUGCAUUUGUUGGCCAUUCAAGAUUAUGCGAAAUGUGACUGCUUCAAUGCAUCGUUGCCACUGGUCUCCCUCUAGGCCCCACACACUCGGGUCAUACUACUGCAUACUACUUGGCACUUCUGCAUAUUGCAGGCAAUUAGUUGCCAGUCCAUUGCCCCACCACGGUGGUCUAGUGGCUAAGGUACUCGGCUGCUGACACGCAGGUCGUGGGAUCGAAUCCCGGCUGUAUUCCGAUGGAGGCGGAACUGCUGUAGGCCAGUGUAUUCAGAUUUGGGUGCACGUUAAAGAACCCCAGGAGGUAGAAAUUUCCAGACUCCUUCACUACUGCGUCUCUCAUAAUCAUAUGGUGGUUUUGGGACGUUAAACCCCACAUAUCAAUCAUUCUAUCAGUUGUCAGUCCAUAUGUUGAUCUAAUCAGCACAAUGACCAUGCCUAUAGGUUGGGGCAUAGUUUUUGAUGCCUGCCCUCUGCUGGUAUGCUUUUUCUCAGCUUCUACUGAUGUCAAUCAUAUCUGAAAGCUUGCACAACAAAAAAAUUUUGUCUUUUGUAGCUGGCAGUGUCUGAUCAUGCAUUUCAGGUAAUAAAUUAAGCAACAAGUGUUUUGCAUGUUGACAAUUUUACUUCCCAUUCUCAUUACAUUUACCAUUAGCUGAAAUAACAUCUUUAGACUUUUUCUUUUACUAACUUCUUAUUGCUGUGGCGUUAAGUUGUGGAAGGAUGCUAGAUCUAGGAAGAAUAGCAGCAAGCAUGAGAGCAUUUUGAGUAAUUUACUAUAAUGCUAUUCCUGCAAGUGACUGUUGCGGCUAAACUUCAGAACAACUGGGAAUGAUAAAAACAGCACUCUUAAUUUUUUUUUUUACGAUCAUUAUCAUCAUGCUUAUAGUUCAUAACAUCACAACGUUGUCAAUCAAAUGGAGCAUGGCAUUUUGAAACUUAACAGGCCCAUGGAAUGUUUGGCUAUAGUACUCUGAACAAAGCUGCAAGGUGUCGUGCAAAGGGGGUGUUUCACUGCAAAUUUUUUCACAAUUGUUUUCGUGACUAGAGAAAAAAAAGCAAAACCUAAUAGUAGUUACCAUGCUUGACAAGAUGGGAGCUUCACUGAAAGCAUUCUUUUCGACCUGGGCGCAGCAUUCCUCCAGUAGAGGCACUGCAUGUCUUGCAUUUGGACGGUUCAGCGAAUUGAGAGAGCAUGGUCAGUUACGUUACAGGCAGUGCACUACGUACAGGAGCAUUUGUGCCAGUGACCUCGACUACAGUUGGCAAGUGCGGCAGUUUGGGUUAGUUGAUCAUUCUUGAUCUUGCACACCAGCAAAUCUUACCGGCACUUACCAGCGGAGCAAAAACCUGGGGGCUUACGAAGAGUGCUCAAUCAAAUUGAGGAUUACGCAGUGAACAAUGGGAAGGAAAAUGAUAGGUGUAACCUUGAGAGAUGAGAAGAGUGGGUCAGGGAACAGACGGGGUUUAGGAUAUUACAGUUGAAAUCAAGAAGCAGAAAUAUGGAUGUAGCACGUAGGCAGGAUAGCUGUGGAUCAUAAAGGGUAAGAAAAGGCAAAUGUGAGAGGGAGACAGAAAAUUAGGUGGGUGUAUGAGAAUAAGAAAGGCACAGACAUAACGUGGUAGCAGGAAGCACAGGACUGGGUUUAUUGGCAGAAUCUGUGCCUUUGCCCUGCAGUGGGUGCAGUCAGGCUGAUGAUGAUGAUAAACGAGGAAAGAAAAAAAAAGGGAAGUACCAUGUACGUGGUCCUUUUUUUUGUGCCUUUGUUAUUUCAUGUACUACGUAAUAUACAAAGCCUGGAUAGUAAGCAGGGGGUCUUUGAGAGAAAGUGCUGGACAGCUUUUAAAAAUUACAAGCUGUUUUUGUGCCGUGCAUUGUUUACAUAGCUUUGCAGGCAGGAUCGUGAAUGCUUGAUCUAGAAGUCUAAAUUUUGCAAUGCUUAAAUCUCGUGAGGGACCCUUUAGCUAGCACAUUGUUGGACAAGUGUUGUUUCACGUGCGAGAUGCACGAGGAAAAGUUUCUAUAGGUCAAGAAGUAUGUAUAGAAACUUUUCAACAGUGUACACUGUGUUGCGGACGGGUCAAGUGUGCAGAGUGCAGAAAAUCGCUACUGUGCACACUGCACUUCAAAUCACAAUUCUUGAUUAUUACUAUGCUCAGAUGACUAAGGUGCUUUUUUUCCCCCCUGUUGAUCUUUGGGCAGCAACAGAGGCAAGCGCAUAAAGCCUUAGCAAAUAUACAUAUAGAAUAUUUUUUUGUUGUUGCAUGGUUAUUUAAACUAUAUAUAUAUAUAUAUGUAUACAAAUAUGGUAUAAACAGCAACAUGAUUUUGAGCUUGAAGGGGUACUGACACCAUUUUUACAAUGCUAGUUUACUCUUCCAUAUUAUUUCCUGUAUACAUAGGCGGCUCUGAGAAAGUGCAUAGCUCAACAAAUGCUAAUAAAGCACAUUAUCUUCACAUUAAGGUCGAUUCUCCCAUGGUGCACCUUCCGACAUUGACACUAGCUUGACGUCAAGCUACUGUACUAAUUCUGAUGACUUUAUGCGGCAGUAUGACUAGUUGUGAUGGUGUCAGGUACCAUAACUUUCGAAAUGGCCUCUUGUGAAUGACCAAAGGAGCCGUGGUGCGGCAAGGAAACCGCGAGCGCCUGAUGAGAAGCUCAUAAUGUGUAGCGCCAUCAGGGCACAUUAUGAACCGAAACUAGCUUUCAAAAACAUACUGAAAUUACUUUCUCAGGGUGCAGACACGCUUAGCAGUGCAUUCCCUAGUCACUUAGGGGCCUGGCCUUACUUGAUGUAAGAAAACAACAAGUAAAAGUUUUUGUGUCAGUACCCCUUUAAAUAAAUUUUGAAUGACUUUUACAGGCUUUCUUGCCCGUUUUUUUUGUGUAUGCUUUUUGCUUGCACUUUUGAUUCAUGCUCACUCAAGUGCUGUAAAUGCUGUUGUGCAUGUUUUUCUGGUUCAUUUUUCAUGGUCUUACUGUUUUAUCCUAUGUUUUACCUAUAGACUGUAUAUGCUUUUGUUAGUUUUUUUUAAUGUCAGUGCUCUUUAUCCAGCUUUUCAAGUUAUAUUUAUGACUCUUUGGGUCAUGGAUUCAUUAUGUACUAUAGUGGGGCACAAACUUAUAGAGAGCAGGGACACUUUCACCUCAGUGGCGGAUCAAUAUGAGCCUGCACCUCUUGGUGCACAUUUACACUGAUGCCAGGAGUGGCACUAUUUUUUUUUCUUAGUUGCAGAGGUAACUGGUAGUCGUGCUGUGGUCGUUGGGGCGGGGCCUUUUCCUCCUUCUCAAAUUGCGCCUGACUAUAGUUGUCAAAUCUAUUUAUGAAUUUUCACAUAUAGCACACAAUUUGUUGCCACUGCAGAAGGUGUUUGGGACUGUACCAUUCCUUUUUUUUUUGGCAGAUGUACAGUUGCAGCAACAUUUAUUAAAGAUGAAAAUAGGCAAAUUUAUUUUUUUACAGUUUUUGUGGAAUGGGGACAAGUGUUAAACAGACUAAAUGUAUUGCUGAUCACAUACCGGUGGAGAUUGAGUGAACAAAUUUAGUCCCAUUAGAUUGUGCUUUUUAUAAAAUGUAAUCGGGGGUUGGAAACUUCCCACCAUUGUGCAUUAUUGUUUUAGAGACUUGAUGUGAGUGUUUAUGUUAUUAAAAAAAUCACCUCUUACAA